AUGGCCUUCUCUCCUGCCCCUUUUUUCGGCACCCAGUUUGGAAACGGUGCCUCCGUGCUCCGUUCACGCGCCCCGCCAUUGUCCUGGAAGGAACAGUGUCCACUCCUUGGCAUUUUUCGCGACUCGAAGGUGCAGGAGCAUCCCGACUCGGGCAUGAAGCUCAAAACGGCAUACCCCACCCCGAGGGGUCGGAGAAGAAACGCUUUCUGUCGGGCCCGGAGGGUGGGGAGGCCUCGGGUAGAUUUCAGGUCCAAGCCUCCCCCCACCCCGCCCGGGAACCCCAGCCCCCAGAAGGCUCGCCAACUUCCCACGCCCAGGAUGCCCUGGAAGAACUUCUCCGCUUCCGUUUUUUUUUUUUUUUUUUUUUUUAACAAUUUUGCGCUCGGCCGCCACGACCUACAUUCUCCCGCGAGGCGCUCCGAGCCGAGGAAUAAAAGGGAGUUGAAACCACACAACAGUUCGGCAGCCCGCCGUCAGCGCUUAGCUGCGCUCCGCGGGGGUUCGCAUCCGGCCGCCAUGUUUCCGACCCGAGAGCCGCCCCAAAACCAGCCCCCCCCUCUCCGUCCGGCCCUCCGCCCCCCUUCCCGGCCCGGCCGAGGCCGCGGCGCCGCCGAGCCGCUUUCAACUCUCCCCCGCCGCCCCCUCGCAGCGAAAUCCGACUCGACGGCUGCGGGUUGUGCGCCUGCGCGCAGCGCGGGCUCGGGGCGCGGGCGGCCGGCGGUUCCCGGCCGAGGCUUGAAAAGGCCGGAGCGACGGGGCGCGGGGGAGGAGGGGGGCGGUCCGGGCCGGAGCCUCCGCUUUCCUCCCAGCGGGCCCCCGCUCCGGCCCCGGCGCGGCUCUCACACGUGCACGCUAAAAACCCACUUCAAAGUCUUGUUCUUGGCGCGGGGGCGGCCCCCUCUAGGCCAGCCCUUGGGCCCUCGCGCGGGCCGCGAAUCGGGCCCCGAGCCCUGCCGGCCCUUCCAAAACCCUGGCGCGGCGAUGAGACCGGGAGGGCCGGAAAGCGGGGACUCUCUGAAGAGCCCCGGGCGCCGGGAUCGGCCUUCGGGCGUGCGAGUACCUCCCCUCCCUCCCCUACCCCACCGCCUUCAGAAAAUGAAUGGAACACAAAGUUUGCGGCCAGCGCUGCGCUGUGGCCUUCGGAGCUCACCAUUGUUUGGGCUCAUAUUGACCCCAGGUCCGGAUUAG